AUGUUGCGAAUGGUUCAAGUGCUCCUUGCCGUUACUUUCGUUCUGGGGGCAUUCCGUACGGCACAAUGCUUGGCCCUGCACCCUGAACUUCCUCCGCAGAGCGCUGCAAUCCGAACCAAAUCCUCCACGGCGGGAACCCAGCUGGCGCCAGGCCAAGCCGAAUUAGCGACCGAUCUGUCUGAGAAGCUACAGCGACCUCCGCCAUCAUCGAGGCAAACUGCCACCGACUCAAGUUUGCAGAAAGGAUGGACUGAUGGAUCCGCAAGCAAAAUCGAUCAUAAAACAUCCGUAUCCCAUCUAUCGCGGGGAACUGGCUCCAGGAUCAGGAAAAAACGCGGCUUUGAAAUUGAAGACGUUGAAGCGAUGGAUAGGGCGAGGAAACUGACAAACAAGAGGUUCGAGGGGAAACUCGCCAGCACGCAUGAACCUCAGCCGUCCAGCAGCAGUGAUCAAUCUGUAUUUGAUUGCGCUAGUUUGCGGAACGAACUUCCGAAUACUUCAUCGUCAGGCGGCCGUCGUUCGGGGAAGAUACGGUCUGAAAGCGUUACAGCAGGAAGCUCGACGGGGGCGCCAGUCAUCUCCAAGUCCAGGUGGCGCGAUCUUGCGGUCACAGUCCAGGCGAUGUCGGCUUUCAAAGACCGUAAAGGUAUAGCAAAACAGAUGGGGGAUUUUCUUGUAAAAAACUCGGCGGAGUUUAAAGGCAUCGCCCAAGCCAGGUGGCGAAAGCUUGCGGUACAAUUCCAGGCGAUCCAGGCUCUAACACCCCGUCAAAUAAUCAUGAAAAAGGUGGGGGAAGCUUUGGAGAAAGCCGAAGCAGCAAGUUUACCCGCGGUGCAGAGCGCUGCCACUUGGGCUGAUUUCUACAUGGAAUUCCUGAUCGAGUUAUUGGAAAAUGUGGACCUCGAGGGAAUCAUUGAUGCGGCAGAUCUGUGGUUCAUGUGGUGUGUGGCAAAAUCGAUCUCACACGGAUCAGACUUUGUGGUGAACGGAGCGCUCGUCAGACAUGCUGCCCAGUUCCAGUUGUAG